ACUCUCUCCCCCCUUCUCCCCCUUCAUUCAUCACUCUCCCUUCUCUCAUCAACACCCCCAACAUCAGAACCCCAUCGCUUUCUCCUCUCUCCCCUCUCCCCUUCUCUUUAAUCCAUAAACCCAUACGACUAACCUCACAACAUACAAAUCUCUCUCUCUCUCUCUCUCUCUCUCCACACGGUGAUGAUGAUUUUGAUUCCACUCUCUCUGUAACGGAAUUUCAGAUUCAAAUGCCAGAUUCCACCUCCAAUCCUCCGAUCCAAUUGCGGCUGCAGCUUGGUACAAUUGAAGCUGCUGAAGUUUAUAUUUCAGUGAUUUGUAAUUAAAAGACUAUCUUUAGCUUGAUAUGUCUCUUAUGGGUUAAGAACUGUGGCGAGAUGGUUUUAAAUUCCAAAUAUAUAAGACCAUGGAGGAGACACGAGAAGAUGCAGGCCCGUCAGAGCAAGGUCCAUCUAAUGUUUCAUGGUGGCCGUCUGACUUCGUUGAAAAAUUUGGAUCUGUUUCAUUGGGUUCUCAAGAGGAGGCCUUAAACAAUAAAGAACCCCCUAGACAUUCUGGUAAUGAUAUUUUGUCACCUAAAAAUGCAUCUCAAGUUCUCUGGAGCACAGGAAUUCUACAAGAGCCAAUUCCAAAUGGAUUUUAUUCAAUCAUUCCGGACACAAGACUCAGAGAACGUUUUGAUAGUAUUCCUACCUUGGACGAGCUGCAAGCUUUGGGUGGAGAGGGUUUUAGGGUUGAUAUCAUUCUUGUGGAUUCAGAAAGAGAUAAAAAGCUGUCCAUGUUAAAGCAACUGAUUGUGGCAUUAGUUAAAGGAUUAAAUUCGAAUCCAGCUGCAGUUAUUAAGAAGAUAGCUGGAUUAGUUACUGAUUUUUAUAAGAGACCCAAUGUGGAAAGUCCAGCAAAAGCUGCACUAGAUGAAACCUGCCACUUGUUUGAAAAUCGAGGUGUCCAGAUGCUUGGGCAAAUUAAACAUGGUUCAUGCCGUCCUCGAGCUAUCUUAUUCAAAGCAUUAGCUGAUACUGUAGGUCUUGAAAGUAGGCUUGUGGUGGGCUUGCCAAAUGAUGGGACUGUUGAAUGUGUAGACUCAUACAAACACAUGUCUGUGAUUGUUGAAUUGAAUUCUGUGGAAAUGCUGGUUGAUCUUAUGCGAUUUCCGGGCCAAUUGUUACCACGAUCAACCAAGGCAGUUAUUAUGACUCAUAUUUCUGCAGCAGGAGAGAGUGAUUCAGCAGAAAAUGAUUCUUGUGAUUCACCAUUAGAACCAAACAGUCCCUUAUAUGGGGUUUCAGAGAGUGCUGAGAAGGAGGAAAACCUCCAAUUUCACAGAAGAUUUGAAGCUUCUUCGAAUGCAUCAGGCCGAUCCUUACGUAACAUGAUGUUACGAUCAAACAGUUGUUUGAGUUUGUCUCAUAGUGAACCCAACAUUGCAACUGCAUUUGGUCGGCGUAGUCGGAGAAAAGCCAUUGCUGAACAGAGGACAGCUAGUUCAAGUCCAGAACAUCCAUCAUUUCGGGCGCGUGCACGGUCCCUGCUAAGUGGUGAUAGGACAGCAUUUAGAGAUUUUGCUGAUGAUCAGGCUACAUCAAGAUCCAGCUAUAGGUCAGAUGGUGCAUCCUCAUCAGAACCACGUCGGCCACGAAGAAGAAGCAUCAGCAUUACACCAGAGAUUGGUGAUGAUAUUGUUAGGGCUGUGCGGGCAAUGAAUGAAACCUUGAAGCAAAAACGGGGGGAUGAUAAUUCAUUCUCCCAUUCUCGAAACAAUCAAAUUAAUGAAGCAAAUCUUCAGCAAAAUGAAUCAAAUUUCCAUCUUGGUGGUCAUGUCCAUGUAAAUUCACAAAAGGCAAUGUCAUUACCAUCUUCCCCACAUGAAUAUCGAGGUCAGUCUUCUGAGAGAAGUGGGCCAUCAAGACGUGACGUGAACCAUGAGCUGGAGUCAACUUGGAAUAAAGUCCUUGAAUCUCCAAUGUUCAACAAUAAGCCUCUGUUGCCAUAUGAAGAAUGGAAUAUUAAUUUCACAGAAUUAACUGUUGGAACUCGUGUAGGGAUUGGGUUUUUUGGGGAAGUCUUCCGUGGCAUAUGGAAUGGCACAGAUGUUGCAAUCAAGGUUUUCCUGGAGCAAGAUUUAACUGCUGAGAACAUGGAAGACUUUUGCAAUGAGAUCUCAAUUCUCAGCCGGCUCCGACAUCCUAAUGUUAUCUUAUUUCUCGGUGCUUGCACCAAGCCUCCUCAUCUGUCAAUGGUUACGGAAUACAUGGAGAUGGGAUCAUUGUAUUACUUGAUACAUUUGAGUGGUCAAAACAAAAAGCUUAGCUGGCGGCGAAGAUUAAAGAUGUUGCGUGACAUAUGUAGAGGGUUGAUGUGCAUUCACCGUAUGAAGAUUGUUCACCGUGAUCUGAAAAGUGCAAACUGUCUAGUGAACAAGCAUUGGACCGUCAAGAUAUGUGAUUUUGGGCUUUCAAGAAUAAUGACAGAAUCUCCCAUGCAAGAUCCCUCAUCCGCUGGAACUCCGGAAUGGAUGGCCCCUGAACUCAUCCGAAAUGAACCGUUCACCGAAAAAUGUGAUAUCUUUAGCCUUGGGGUGAUAAUUUGGGAGCUCUGUACCUUGAGCAGACCAUGGGAAGGUGUACCACCUGAGAGGGUGGUUUAUUCGGUUGCUAACGAGGGUUCUAGAUUGGAGAUUCCUGAAGGCCCCCUAGGCAGGCUGAUUUCAGACUGUUGGGCAGAGUCACAUGAACGGCCAAGUUGUGAGGAGAUUCUUUCACGGUUGUUGGACAUCGAGUACUCAAUGUGCUGAUGCAAUCUUAUGCCUUUUGUACAUAGAACACGGGUAGAGGCUUUACAAUUGUGUUAUCGGCUGAAUGUUGUGGAUUAUUGUGAAUUUUGUUUUUUCUUUGUUCUUUUUGUUCCCCCCCCCCCCCCCCCCCUCCCUCUCUUUCUCAGAACAGGUGAAAAUAUGAAUGGAAGCUCUUGUUACGUUGUACACCUGUGCUUCAAACUCUCUGGCAACGAGUAAAGAUCAAUUUUAUCCCCCUCUUGCAUUUUCCGUGUGCAACGAAAAGAAC